UGCACGGGGUGGAAGUUCUGCUGGUAGUUGAUUCGCUUCUACACAGUGUAGUGUUUGAAUUACCAAAAGUGGAGGCAUUUGUAAUCACCAUGCUGAGUCACCAUGCUGUAUUGACAAUGAUGUGUCUUUAAGGCUAAGACUUUAUACCAGAUGACGCACGAAUUUGAGAUAUAUACCGGUACCUUUUUAACGUUGUGGUACUCCAAAUCACGGGAUUUUGCAUUCAUUUGCUGGUUGUUUUAUAGCACUGCCAAAAUGUAAUGUAAUAUUAGCUGUCCUUUAUUCAUAAGUCCUUUUGCAGACAGAAAAGUGACGCGGUAGCUUGUGCUCCGGGAUCCUGAUGAGUAUUACAACUCUGUCAAACGAAGUCAAUUGACGCAAACAACACAGAACAAGAUGGCUACAGAUGAGCAAUCAGCUGCCAAGACUCGACGCGUCUUGUUAUGGGCCCCACCUCGGUCCCUUUCCACCGCUUUUGAGCGUUGCAUCAGUGCACUCGGUGACGACGUUCAGAUCUUCCAUGAGAUGUAUACCGCGGCGUGUCACAUCGGACCCGAAAAUCAGAUCAAAAUUCCCACGUUUGAGUCAGUUUUGAGAGAUCCACUCUACACCUACGCCCGAGUUCAGAAGAUUCUGGAGGCCCCUGCUCCACCCAAGAAACAGAUCUUCUUUUGCAAAGAACUCGCGUAUACGGUGGAUGGAAAGUUCGACAAGUUACCAGCGGGAUACAGGCACACCUUCUUGAUACGCCACCCAGCCAGGGUGUUCAUAUCCAUGAAUAAAAUGCUAAAGAAAUACUUUGCUCGGACUUUUCUUAAACUCCAAUUGAACCAGGUUGUCCCGGAAGGAUUCGUAUUCAAAGAGAUGUAUCGACUUUUUGAGCACGUGACCAAUGAUCUCGGUCAGGAGCCAAUCAUAAUUGACGCUGAUGACCUCAUCCAGAAUCCUCUUGGAGUUUUAUGCGCAUACUGUAACGCAGUGGACAUACCCUUCUCGCCAUCAAUGGAUAAAUGGCGACCAAUCAAAGAGGAGAAGAGAAGCUGGAUUUACUCCACAAGGAUCAUGAUUAUUAACAAGCUCAUUGGCCAAUACGAACGGGCGUUUAAAACGACUGGACUCGAAAAGCACUCGGAGAGACCAAUCGACUUGAGCCUUAUAUCACCUGAUGUUUUGGAAGCAACGAAAGCAAGUAUUGGGUACUAUGAGAAGAUGUACGCAUUGCGUCUGAAACCAGUGAAGUUUUCACCCCAAACGACCCUGCAGACACACGAGCAGGAACAAGAAGAGGGGUCGGCAACCAACGACACAGAUGAGCCAAUAGAAACAAAGAACGAGUGCGUACCUGUUUACCUUUCAAAAAUUGCUCUUUACACGAUGGCAAACGUCAUCUAGAAGUACACGAAAUAUCACUUUCUGAAACUUUGCCAAUUAUUCUGACUAAUUUUUCCCCUGCGUCUUUAUUCCAGGCACCUACCUAUCAGGUGAUGAGACGCUUGACUAUAAAGAAAAUGAUGCAAAGUCACCAUGACAACGAUGUACAGGACAGCCAAUCGGAUUUGAGAACUGGCGUGAUCCCAGAGUGACUAUAAAAAGCAAUAACUUGGACCCCCUCCUUCCCAACGCAAUAUGACUUCGCUAGUUUGUGUGUUGCACCAUCCAAGGGACAAGUUGAGCGAACAUUCUUGUUGCAGUUUUGUUCAUGGUGAAAGAUUUAAAAAAAAAAAA